CAUAUUUUUCAUUCAUUCAGUCAGUUGUUUCUUUGUUGUGUUUUGUUUUACUUUACGCACUUCCGGCGAUUUAAAAAUACAGCGCGCCUUGCUAAUUAAUUACGCUUUAUAAUUUGUGUUUGUGACUUCGCACUUUUGGCAUGGUUAUCACGAGGUUUUCAACAUGAAGGGGGCACUUGCAUUAGUUUUUUCUUUAUUCUUGCUGGCUGAAAGUAAAUACAGGAGCGACCAUUGGUCCAGAGCUAAUGAGAUAUCCAGCCAUCGCCCGGACAAGUAUGGCAGUGACCCACCGGACCACAAGGAACUCAUUCCUAUGGCUAGAUAUGUGCUACAUAAUUCUGACUGGGCCUCAAUAGCCACUAUAUCGGUGUUGCCAGCUAUAUCCGGGUUCCCGUUUACCAACGUGAAGUCGAUCGUGGACGGCUCGCUGGCCAACUCGACCGGAGUCCCCUACUUCUACAUGUCGCCCUUGGAUUUCACCGCACGCGAUCUCGCGCAAAACAGCAGAGUCACGGUUCUGGUGUCUCUUGAAGAGUCCGGCUACUGCUUGAAGAAGUCGUGGGACCCCGAGGACCCGCGCUGCACGCGACUCAUGCUGUCAGGGAAGAUGAAGAGGGUAAAGGAAGGUACUCCAGAGUACAUAUUCGCUAAAGCCGCCUUGUUCGAGCGACACCCGUCUAUGGCCGACUUCCCACCAGACCACAACUGGUUCGUGGCCAAGCUGAAGAUAGUCCAGAUAGCCAUGGUGGACUGGUUCGGGGGAGCCAAGUACAUACCUGUCCGGGACUACCUCGCCUACAACUACACCGGGACUGAGGUGUUGGACCGACACAACCACUUGCUCAGGGCUACUACUGAAGUAGAGGCUUAAACUUGGUAAAAGAAACGUAAUAUAAGAAAAGAUGUGAUAACGACUAGUGAUAUGGGAUAGGGGAGAAUCAAAUUCAAAUGAACUUACCAAUAUUGUUAUUUUUAUGCUUGUAUAUUUUUUAUAGUUAGUAUCUAUCCAAUGAAUAAUAUAAAAGAACAGUUUAUUUUAGGAUGGUAUACUUAAUUAUUUUUGUUAAAACCUAUUUUGUAUUGUAGUGUGGAGGUAAAGGCUGUAAUUUGUUAAUAAAAGGAUUUUUGACAUAAAAA